UCGUCUGGCUGGCACAGCGACUGACUUCCGCAUUCCCAAAUCUUCAAAAUAGGGAUCGGUAAAGAAACGGGCUGAUGCAACGAUAUCCACUUUUUAAAAUAUACUCUAGACCAUCUUCUGAUCCCAAAAAAGGACAUUUGCUGAACACGGAAACCAACCCAGCUGUGGUCGUAGGAGGGAGCACCAUGAUGCCCGGGCCGAUCCCUGAUCCCUCCGUGGCAGCCGGCUCCUUGCCCGGCCUGGGGCUACUGGCGGGCAUCUCUGCCACGACGCUCACCGAUCAGCUCAAGUAUGCUGACCUGUGCAGCCUGGGUGCCAUGCUGUCCCCACUGCAUCUGCUGGGCAAGAGGUCCAAGAGGCCCAUGAAGACUGAGAGAGACGAGGAGGAGGACAGGAGGAAAAGGAGAAGAGAGAAGAACAAAGUGGCAGCAGCGCGAUGUCGAAACAAAAAGAAAGAGAGAACAGAAUAUUUACAACAGGAAUCCGAAAGGCUAGAGAUGAUGAAUUCUGACCUCAAGGCCCAGAUCGAAGAGCUGAAGCACGAGCGUCAGCAGCUGAUUCUGAUGCUCAACCGACACCGGCCCACGUGCAUCGUGCGGCGGGACAGCGUGGAGACCCCGAGCAGCGAGGCCAACCCCCUCUUGGAGCAGCUGCAGGCCGAGGCCGAGGCCAAGUUAUGAGCUUGAGCUGGAGCCCUGCGCCAUCACUGUGGUUCAUGUUUACUGCAAAAGCCUCAGAUAAGAAGGCCUAGCUAGCUAGCCAGCAACGCCAGCUAGAAGCACUUAGCUCAACCCUCUGGAGCGCCGCCCAGUGGCCUGGAGGAGCACUCCUGCCUGGCAGCGUGGAGGUUGAGCCCUUGAUGAUGCGAAAAUGAGAAACAGAAAGAUGGGGCCCGAUGUUUGUUACUGAUGCCAAGACUCCUUCAUUACCCUCGUUGUCGUUUACACCUUUUGCAUUACUCACAGCAUCCAGCAGGUUCUUACACGCCUCAACAUUACUCCAGGUCUUGGGUUCUUUUGAUGUGAUUUCAUUGGGUGUGCUCAUCCAGAAUGCAUUCAAAUAUGAUUGUGGUAUUGAUUUAGAUCUGUUCUUGGCCGUAGUUUCAGUUUUUAUAUAUAUAUUUUUUUUUUCUGGCGCAGGCGUCAUUUAUGCAUAUAUGAAGUUUACAUCUUUGUUACAUACAAUUAUAUACACUCUUUUUAUACUACAUGUACAUGUAUAUUAAAUUUACCAUGUGCUAUCACUAGAUGUGAUACCUUUUGUAUUACGGUCUCAAAUGUUUAUACAGUAUUUUUUCAUAGCUUUGGGACAAGCUCAAUAUGUAUCUUACGCAAUGUUGACAACUCUUAAAGAUAUUUCACAAGAAUUGACUGCAUGUUUGGAUGACUCCUGUUAGACUUAGUACCUCUGCAUUCCAGUCUUAUUCAUUUUUGUUUGCUGUGAAAAAUUGCCAUACAAGUUGUCUAUAUACAAUAACUUUUCUAUAUAAAAUGUAUUUAGAUAACAUUUAUUUUGCAGAUAAUUAAAAACAAUAUUUUCCAAUAGCAUCUCACAUCUCAUUUAUUUUAUUUGAAUUUGGCAAUAUGAUCAGGUCUGAAAACAACUUGAAUUGGGACUGAACACAACAGUUUAAAAUCAGUUAUUUAAAGCUGAAUUUAAAGUGUAAUUUUUAUCUGCAGGUUCAGUUUGACCUUUGACCUAACAAGAUACUGCACACAGUGGUUGGUUCACACCAGCCCAGUACUAGGAAGGUCCUGAAUCAUUUUGCUUAAAAAAUACAAUCACUACUCUACAACACACUACCAUUCAAAAGGCAUCAAGUCGCUGGUGGCCAAAAACAAAAGGCCAGUCCACAGAACUCUUAAAUUAUUGGGUUCUGUAAUGAUCUGGACUUUACCAUGACAUCAUCUCAUAAGCUCACAUAGAUGUGGGUGUGUUUUUAUAAGAGAACCCUAUGACCAUUAGAAACACCACUUGUGGAAAAGGUUACUGUUUUGUUUUUGUUUGAAUUUGGAUGGAUCAGUGCAAAGGGGAAUACUGUAUAUUGGUGUGGUCAUAUGACAAACCCCAAAACCAAGGCUGUGUCAAUAUACUGUUUUAUUAAGAAACAGAGUAAAAAUGUCAAAUAAUUACAAUCAGAUCAACACUGUACAGAAAAAAAUGUCAUGGUGUUUAAAAUAUUGCAGAAGAAAACUGAAAAUGUUUAGCGUCAAAUAAAAAAUCUGACAUAUUUGAAUCA